AUGGAUCUGUGCAUUUAUCAUGGCUUCUGCCCUGAAUUUGAGCAAAAUUCCACCAAAAAGCCUGAUGUUUCUCGGAUUCCCAUCACUACCCCAACAAAAUUUUUGAAUUUCUCUCCCAAAUCGCGAGACAUAACCAAAAACUUCGCAUCACUGUUCAAGAAACCCACGAACAAGGAAAUCGUUCUCCCUUUCCUGUCUGUUUCAGCAUUUCCACCCUCCUCUGUGGAUCAUUUGGGCUCUAUUAAAACCUUCCAUAUGCCUCUUCAUUCUCCGUUGUACCAUAACCAGUCCUGCUCAAAUAUUACAUCACCAUCGAUUUUUCCUUCGACUGUGAGCACCUCUGCAAACAUUCAAAUGCCAUCGCUCGUAAUGGAAUUCCAGAUCCCUAAUGUUCCCUCUAGCAUUCCGCUCCCUCAUGUUCCUCUGAUGAAUCGAGAUUUCCCAGCAUUACAAACCCAGUUGCCUGGGCGGGGUAGCCAGCUUCCAGUGGAUGCUUUGACUACCCAACACAGCCAAUCGGCUCAGAUAACACCGGAUAUUGCAACAUCGGUUCCUUUUAUCUCUGCAACUCCGUCUAAGCCUGCCAAAAGAGUUGUUUUCAACAAUGGGGGGCCAGGGAUGUACUGGUCUCCAGAUAAAACUCAAGAGCUCUCUAAGGGUUUCAACCUCACUUUGAUAGGCAAAUGUGCCUAUGGUAAGCCAUCUCUUGGUGUUGUGAAGGAGUUUAUUAACUCUAGGUGGCUGUUGAAAGGGGAUUUUACG